AUGGACAUCACGAAGGGAAGCCUAGAAGAUAUCUCCCGCCCGGCGUCCAGCGAGCGUCCCCGGCCCGGAAGCCGAGUGUCGUUGCGGGAAGGUGCGCGGGUUAACCAGGACACCCCGUAUGCUUUUGCGGUCCUAAGCCCCGACAGCCCUGGAACGGCAACUCCUGUUAAUUAUGGCCAAAAGGGGGCACCGGACAGUGAGCUCCCGGUUUCCUCAGAAGAUCAAGCAUGGAUAGAUGGCAGACCCAUGGACCUUGUUCGUGGAGAAGAAGAUGAAGGAAGACGGUUGGAUCAAUUGGGAAGCAAUUCCUCAGAGUCAGAAGGAAAGUCAGGCGACUUUUAUACGGAAGAAUCUGAUGAGGAGAAUAAAACUCCAGUCCUUCAGGAAGCCAUUAGGAAAAUGAAAAAACUGGACAAAAUUUUAACGCAACAAAUCUCCAAAGAAAACGCCGUGAAGGCAAUGGGGAAGGAGCUCCAGGUGAAACUAUGGAAAGAACUUAAGGAUCUAAGGACAAAACCAGAACGUGCCGAUGAGGCUGAAAACACACGACUUUAUUUGGCUCUAGGAUCUACUAGCCCCUAUGACCCUAGUGAGGACGGGGAUUUUGUUCCCAUAUUUGGGACUCAGGUUUCACAAGAUGGGUAUGAUGUAGAAGAAAAGAAUCUGGAUGAAGCAGGCAAAGGAGGCUGGUGCAAAGCAACAGACUGCAUCGAAUUUGAUCUUGAGGACCCAGUGCCAGAUCCGCCAGACUGCAGACAGAGUGGAGUCGUCAGGGCCAAAAAAAAAAAAGACUUUGUUAAGAAAAACAUAGAGCUGGUCCGGGAUGCUGGGAGCCAGGUGCUGAUGACACAAGCGGAGAAGCAGAGACUGGCAGAGCUCCUGCAAGACCUUGAGGAGUGUAACACGAGCCCUGAAGGAGAUGAGGGAGAUCCCGCUCUGUGGGCUGUACAUGUACCCGCUGGAGAAGGUUACACCCCUGAGCCUGCAGAGCUAGACCAGUUGCAUUACAUUGACUCCAGACUUUUGCAAAUCCUUCCUGUGGAGGGCUUUGUGUCUGCAUGCAGCCCCUAUUUCUGCUGCAGUUCCUCCAAGGGCCGGGGGGGUGGACUGAGCCACGGAGGCGAGCAGCUGCCGGGAGAGAAGGUCCUCCAGGACAUAAGGGAGACGCGCGGGCAGGAGGUGCGCCUGAAGGAGAUUGAAGAGCAACUGGAACGCCUGGGUCACAAGCAGGAGAGCGCGCUUGGAAAUUCCCACUUGCUGGAGGAACAGCUCAGGACACUGCUGGAGGACUGCAUGGUGUCACAGAGUAGCACAUCCGUCUGUGGGUCCAUGGAGGGAAAUGCAUCCCCCAGUGCUGCCAGUGAUGGCCCCAGCAGACGCCUGCCCAUGGACUCUUUCCGAUUGGCUGAGAAGUAGUUAUGGUGCGGCAUUGAUUCUGCAAAGAAGCGGCUCCUCCCUCAGUGAUAGUCAGGUCAGUCAGGUGAUCCUCAAGCAUCCUUAAAAUAUUGUUGACAUAGUUAAAGGGCAUUGCAUAUCUACAUUCAGUACUUCAAACACACAGUCAGUAUGCCAGCUGAUUCAGUACAAUAUUGUUGGUAUCACUGGAUGAUUCUUGUUUACGUAAAAUAUAUAAAGAUUCUUUGAUAGUAAAGGUAUCCAUUGUAGUUACAUUAAAGCUGAUCGUAUUUAUUAUCAGAGUAAUUCUGGAUUAGCUGGCCAAUGUUAAACUAAAGACUCACACUAGGUGAUCCAUACAUGGCACAAGCACAUUGGACCGCCAUAGUCUAGCUUGUCGGAUUAGGGUGAUCAGCUAGCCUGUACAGAUCGGGUAGGCUGUGCCGAUCGAGUAGGCUAUGCAGAUCGGGUAGGCUGCGCAGAUCGGUUAGCGACAAACAUUUAACAAACAUGGCAGCAAAGGGAUCACUUCAGCCUAUGGCAGAGGUACAGCGUUUACUGGAAAUUUGGCCUGACAAGACUAUCUAGGAACAACUGGAUGCAACACACAAAAACCGAGAUAUCUGGAAAAAUCUUAUACGUGCAACACAGUAAAAUGAACACGAUUGUAUUACAUCCUUGAUGAAUCUACAAGAGGGCCAUCAGUCAUCGUGCCCAAAAGGACUCAAAAUAAGCCACAAAAUAAGAACAUUCAUCAUGAACUCCAUUAAAAGUGUGAUGGCGCUAUUUUUCCUAUGUGUUCUUCAAAACAAAAAGUCGCGCGGUGAUGAUGAAAGCAUGCUUGGAUCUGGGAUGUUAAGCACAAUGUGAGCGCAGACCAGUGGCAGAGUGGGGAGGGGGAAAGUCCUUCUCAGGCACGGUGUAAGGUAACCGGCCCAGUGUGAAUAUUCCUUUAGCUGUAUUUACACCACUGAAUAGUAAUCUGUAAUACACAAUUCUCAAUAAAUACUUACAAACAAGUACAGAGUCAAAACAAUUCCACAAGUGCUUCUUUUUUCAAACUGUAGUCCUUAAUUUCCACAGAAAAAGGAAUUAUGCAGGAGCAAUAACAGUUGAAAGAGGUUUGAAAGUUGCUUUGAUCUGCUCUUAUCAUUUUUCAUGGGCACUCCAUUGAUAUAGCUAUUCUGAUUAGAUUUCAUGGGGGAAACCCAAUGGGUAGAUUCUUUCUGGUGGGCUGGUCAGAGUCAUGAGGUUAUGGUGGCCGUGACGUUCUGAUGAGGGUUAGGUUAACCCUAACCCUAACCCUAACCCCACACACAGAGUGGCAAAUGGGGACAGAGGCAUGGUGUAACACUGUCAGGUAAGCCAUGCCAGUGAAAAGGGUGGCAAAGAAAUGCCCCAAAUUCCUGCCUCCACAGGUAAGUCUGAUUAUCCUAAAGUAGCGGUCAGUGGGGCAAUUAUAUGGUGAAAUGCUAAUGUUCCCUGUUGUUCCUUUGGUAGCACACAGCACAAUAACAACAAGAACACAGGCAUGGUUUCAAGGUGAUUAUGGUUACUGGAAUUAUGAUCAUGACGGAGAGAGAAUGUUAUAAUUGACUGUUAGGAAACUACUUCUAGUACCAGCUGGCUUGAUCUUAAAUGCUUUGUUUGUACCUUGAGGCUAAUAGAGAGUUUUAAGCAUCUGGCCACAGCAGAAGUGAUGCCAAGCUUGGGUGUGGGGUUAAUUCAAAUAAUAAUUACAUAAAGAAAGCCAUGACUGCUACAGAGAAAAAAAGUUUUGCUGCUAUCUUUAUAUGUCAUAUCUUCCCCUGCAAUAUAGUAAAACCUUCAACAUUUAAUUCACAGGAUAAUUAACAGACUAUAUUUUUCAGGUAUCGAUUUCACUUGACAGAGUGGUAUCUGGGGCAUUUUACUGACAUUAAGUUUUCUACUGCAUUUGUAUGUAUUCAGCGUUUAUAAAAAAAAAGCACUUGAGAUAAACCAGGAGAAUUACACUCACAGCCUUUCCUGACUGCGUCUAGGCACCGAAUGCCAUGACGUGAGAAAGGAGUGUUCCCCUCCUUCCUACACAAAAUCCUUACCAUUUCAUUCCCACUAGCCUGACGUACAAUUCAUAAGAGUCUGCCAAGUACUUCCCCGUCAUGCUUAGGGCUGGAUUUCCAUACUUACCCUAGAGGGAUGUAAUUCUUGCACUUGGGGGUCUCUGACAUUGUUAUGACAGCCUGUAGACAAGAGUGCCUAGAGGCAGUGUUACCAAACCAGAAUCCAAAAUCCACAUUUGUUUUCCUCCCUUUGUGCCCUGUGCUUUAGCAGCUUGAAUGCCUAACAUCUUGUUGCAUUUAACCAAGCGGUUCUCCUGAGUAUAACCCAGAGUGGAAUGUUUGCACUGCCUGCUGUCAGCUUUCCCUGGUAUCCUGAGUGUGUGUGUGUGUGUAUAUGUGUGGUCCAGGUAUACCUUACCUUGUGGGGACCAAAUGUUCCCACAACGUGAUGAAUACCCAUUUCCUGGUCCCCCAAAUGGGAAAAACUCUAUUUUAUAAAAAUCUGUGACUGCAAUGAAAACAUUAAAAAUGCAAAAACUCUUGUACUUCGUUUGGUUACUUAUGGUCAUGGUUAGGGGGGUUAAGGUUAGCAUUAGCAUUUCUCCCAUAGAAAUUAAUGAGCAGUCCCCAAAAAGAUAUGAUUACACAAUUGUGUGUGUGUGUGUGUGUGUGUGUGGGCAGAGAGGGAGGUUAUAAGGAAGCCAGUUCUGUGUGUGCACAUGACGUGUUAGUACAGAGUUCUACAGUGAUGUUUCUGACUGCUAAAGCAGGGAGUAGGGGAGAUGUAACGGGGAACGCAACUUCUAUUCUGAGGUGGCAUGGAAGCCUAAUGUCUCUGUGCAGGUAAUAGGAAGGCAGACAGCAAGGCCUGCCUCUUAGAAGAAUGUGCUAGAUAAGUGAGAAAGCAUUUCGUCAGCUCCUUCAUAGUUUGUUCUCACAUGGUUUUAAGGUAAAUAGUUGGUGAAUUAAACAGCCACAGCUCACCUGUGUAAUGUUGACAGUCGAACAGAUUUGGUAAAUAUGUGGCAGGGAUCACUGUGGUUUACUGUUGGCCAGCAGUUGUGUAAUAUAUUUUUGUUUAAGAACCGAGGAAGCAGUCAGAUAAAGUAUGAGAGAUGGUGGAAUGCAUCAAUGGAUGCAUAUAAAUGGUCUCUCCUUUGUCGAUAAGUCCAUAAUUCUUUUGGAACUCGUCUCUGCAGACAUUUCUGAGAAACCAUGAGGGGUCUGACGAGAAUGUCAGGGGUCUUUUUUCUUUACCCAAUUGGGUGUCCUUGUGCAUUUAUACUGGAAAAUGACGACAUUCUCUCUGCAAAUUCUCUCUGGAGUCUAACUGUUUGUGGUCUCUCAAGUUCAAGGGCAGGAUCACUGCAACUGGGUAUUAUUGCAGUGUGUGAGUGUUGACAUGAUGUAUACCGAUAUAUAAUCUUUGAAGGCCUACUGGAUUAUUUUUUUUAGGAUAUCUGCGAAUGAUCAAAUGAACCUUUCUGUGUUUUAUUAAGUGGUUAUAAAGGGACUGAACAUGGAUUUGGAAACGUGAACAGCAGAAGCUCAGAGAAAAAAUAGCCCAUUAGGGAAGUUUUCCAUUUUAUGGACUGUUGUUUAUUGUUCUGUUGUAUGUUACAAAAUAACUGGUUUGAGUAAAAACAGCUUUUUCUGUAUGGCAAAACUAGAGAAAAAAAAUGUUUACAAGCAUCACUAAAUGUAUAAAAAGGAAAGAAAUUUUAACCAAAAUGGGUAAAGAACAAAACAUCCUCACGUCAGUGUGCAAACAGUUUAUA